UAUUUUGAGCAGUGUACUCAGGAACAAUCUAAAACAAAAAGAUGGUUAAGUACCAAUACAAAUUGACAUAAUGAGGUCUUAAAGCCAAUAUUUAAUGGGACGUUUGUUAUGAGUCAUUUGGUAUUAUGAGUCAUAUUCUUUUAAAUAUAUAUUCUUUUCUCUUUUCAGUUUUGUUUGAGUCUCCAAGUGUCUGUGACUGAUGGAGUAGGCUAAUCGCUAUGCCCAUCGUUAAUCUGUUGCUGUCCGUUUACAUCAUCACCUUCCUGAUCGGCGUACCUGCCAAUAUCCUGGCAUUUUGCACCUUUUGCCGAAAGGUACACCGCAAACCUGCCCCCAUUGACAUCCUGCUUCUCAACCUGACCAUUUCUGACCUAAUCUUCCUUGCCUUCUUGCCCUUCAAAAUGAAGGAGGCUGUUGAUGAUAUGAACUGGAUACUUCCCUUUGAACUUUGUCCCAUCACUGGUUUCCUGUUUUACUCCACCAUCUACAACAGCACCCUCCUCCUGACUGCGGUAAGUGUGGAGCGCUACCUUGGUGUUGCCUUCCCCAUUAGAUACGCCUUGUGUCGUAGGCCUCGCUAUGCUAUGGUGGCCAGCAUCACAUUCUGGGUGGUGUCCUCACUGAACCUCUCCAUCGUGUACAUUGUCCCCAGCUCCCAGUGGAAGGAAAGAAAUAGUACCUCUAUGGACCCUCCCCCAACAUGCUACCGGAACUUCACAGAUCCUGAGCUCAGCAUCCUUCUACCAGUGCGUCUAGAGUUAUUCCUGGUUCUCUUCUGCGUCCCUUUCUUGGUUUGCACCUUCUGCUAUGUCAACUUAAUCCAUAUUUUGUCACGGCUGCCCAGCAUCGGCCGGCGGCGGCGGCUUCGUGCCAUUGGUCUGGCUCUUGGCACCCUGCUGGUUUUUGCCCUCUGCUUUGGUCCCUACAACGUAUCCCAUUUGGUAGGGUUCGUCUGGCACAAAAACAUAGAAAGUUGGAGGGAAUUCGCUUUACUCUCUAGUACCCUUAAUGCGUGCCUGGACCCAAUCAUCUUUUACUUUUCCUCUGCGGCCGUUAGGAGCAUGCUAAAUCACUGCGCCAGGAGCUUCAUGGCUAAACUGCACAUUUUAAAGUGUAAGCGAGCUGACUGCUGCCCCCCACUGUCCUCCAGGACUGACCAAUAUAAAAAAAAUCAUGCCCUUGAGAAUCUUUACAGUGCUACAUCCUACUUUACAUAA